UCGGGUGCAGCCAGCCCGGCUGCCCUGCGGGUGCCCGGCUCUGGGAGCCUCCUCCGAGCACUUCCCUGGAAAAUGCGGAACUAUCGCGUGGCUUCCCACAGCAGCCGUUGGGUUGGGCUGUGGCUCCAGCUGCAGAGCGCUGGGUUAUGAUGACACGGCAGGUUGGGGGGAAGAGGAAGUGUGAGGAGCUGAGCUGGCUCCUGCUGGGGCUCCUUCGUGGAGCUGGGGACGCUGGGACGGCCUAAUGAGAUCGAGCAGGAUUUAAUUCCCUGAAAAGUUAUGAACCGUUGCAAGAGGAGAGGGAGCAUUGUCCAAGAUAUAACAGUUGGUACAAAGCGGGGACCUGACGAGCUUUUCUCUCCUUGUGUUGCUAAUGGACCCUUUAUCAUGAACAGCAACGCUGCUUCUUCAGAUAAUGGAAAUGACAGCAAAAAGUUCAAAGGUGACAGUCGAAGUGCUGGGGUCCCAUCCCGAGUAAUCCACGUCCGUAAGCUCCCCAGUGACGUCACGGAGGCAGAGGUCAUUUCUCUGGGCUUACCUUUUGGCAAGGUCACCAAUCUUCUAAUGCUGAAAGGAAAAAACCAGGCUUUCAUAGAGAUGAACACAGAGGAGGCAGCCAACACCAUGGUCAACUACUACACCACGAUCGCUCCCAUGCUCCGGAGCCAGCCCAUCUACAUCCAGUUCUCCAACCACAAGGAGCUGAAGACAGACAACUCUCCAAACCAAGCACGUGCCCAAGCAGCUCUGCAAGCCGUGGCCACGGUGCAGACCGGGAACCUGGCGCUGGCAGCCACGGCUGCGGCCGUCGACGCGGGAAUGGCGAUGGCUGGCCAGAGCCCUGUCCUGAGGAUCAUUGUGGAGAAUCUCUUCUACCCCGUCACUCUGGAUGUUCUGCAUCAGAUUUUUUCCAAAUUUGGUACAGUCUUGAAAAUCAUCACAUUCACAAAGAACCACCAGUUUCAGGCCCUGUUGCAAUAUGCUGACCCCAUGAGUGCUCAGCAUGCCAAACUGUCUCUAGACGGACAGAACAUCUACAACGCCUGCUGCACGCUGCGCAUCGACUUCUCCAAGCUCACGAGUCUUAACGUGAAGUAUAAUAACGACAAGAGCAGAGACUACACCCGCCCAGACCUGCCCUCUGGGGACAAUCAGCCCACCCUGGACCAGACCAUGGCAGCUGCUUUUGGUGCCCCAGGAAUAAUCUCUCCUCCAUAUGCAGGAGCUGGCUUUCCUCCUACUUUUGCCAUUCCUCAGGCUGCAGGCCUGACAGUUCCAAAUGUUCCUGGAGCACUAACUCCUUUGGCUAUUCCAGCAGCAGCUGCAGCAGCUGCAGCAGGACGGAUUGCCAUUCCCGGCCUGGCUGGGGCAGGGCACUCCGUGCUGCUGGUUAGCAAUCUGAUCCCAGAGAGAGUUACACCCCAAUGCCUCUUUAUUCUUUUCGGAGUCUAUGGUGAUGUGCAGAGGGUGAAGAUUUUAUUUAAGAAGCAAGAGAAUGCCCUAGUUCAGAUGACCGACGGGAACCAGGCCCAGCUUGCCAUGAGCCACCUGAAUGGGCAGAAGCUGCACGGGAAGCCGAUCCGUAUCACGCUGUCCAAGCACCAGACAGUGCAGCUGCCUGGCAAGGGCCAGGAGGAGCAACGCCUGACCAAGGACUUUGGGAAUUCUCCUCUGCAUCGCUUCAAGAAGCCAGGCUCCAAAAAUUUCCAGAAUAUCUUUCCCCCUUCUGCCACUCUUCAUCUGUCCAAUAUUCCACCCUCAAUAACUGAAGAAGAUCUUAAGAUGUUAUUUUCAAGCAAUGGUGGGGUGGUCAAAGGAUUCAAAUUCUUCCAGAAGGACCGUAAAAUGGCUCUGAUCCAGAUGGGCUCUGUGGAAGAAGCCAUUCAGUCCCUCAUUGAGUUCCACAAUCAUGACCUGGGGGAGAACCAUCACCUGCGUGUGUCCUUCUCCAAGUCCACCAUUUAGAGCUUGGGAAGGCCUGAGACAAAAUGGACUUGACUUAAAACCUGUGGGGCUCAGCCUUGACCUUAAAAGGCUGGACACCAGAGUUUCAACUUCCAUCAUUCCAGAAAAAAAAAAAAAAGCCACUUUAAAAAAAUGCAGCUGAAGUGACCUUAAAAGACCAGAGAUUUUAUUUUUUUAAAGAGAAAUCAGUUUACCGGUUUUUAAAAAAAAAGAAAAUUAACUCUAAUUCCUCUUGCUAACCUUGCGGUGAUGGGUAACAAUCUUGACUGUUCCAAUAAAAAUCACAAGUUCAAGUUUACACUAUGGAACCUGCUCUGGGAAAUUCCCCUCCCCUCCUGCUCCUCCCCUAAAAAGCAGAUCCCAACAAGUUUUAUCAGGUUUCACAUUGAUGCCUUUUUUAAUUUCUUUACCCAUCCAUGCCUUGAAAGACCUAAAACCACUGUGUGAAUUCACUGUAGCGCCUUGGAGUCAGGAUUGCAGUGACCAGGAGCUCCCAGCCCGCCCAGCACAACACUCGGUUGCAUUGAUCCCACCUUACUUGUGCACCUGCUGUCCUGUGCCUUAAACCUUCUACUUCUUGGGGGAACCAUCCGAGCGGCAGGGAGGGGAUGGGCAGAGCCGAGGGGGAGGAGCAGCUCUGGCCACGAUCAGCUGGGGGAGCUGGCAAAGCGGAGGAAGGAAACGCUGGGCUGGGACUCGGGGCAGUCGUACCCCACUGAGCGUCUCAAUCCCAGCGUGCCUUGUGCCGCUCCCCAGGCUGCUCGUGGGUCAUUGCCACCUGCACCUCAGGUGGGAGUCACCCCAGAUCCUUUGUCCCGCUCGGGCCAGCAGAGGUCUGGGUGGGGGAGCGUUCCCAAGGCCAAAUCACAUUCCAGUGUCAGGAGCGAGCCCGCGGGCUCUGCCCUCACAGAGCAUUGGUGAGGGACAGGAGAGCCCCUGUGGGACACUUGAGAGAUGAAUCAGAGUUUGUCAAAAUUGUGUGUGUAUAUACCUAAACGCUUGGCUAGGAUUUGGAGAAUCCUUGGAUACCCCAUGAUUAGAAAGGCGCCUGCAAGGCACCUUCUGCCCCUAAUUGGAGAUUAACGAGGCCGCUGUAGCUCCGCCAUCGUUCUUAGAGCAUGUCUUCAGCAUUUGAGCUUUUGUUUGAAUCCUUGUAUUAUACUUUGAUGCCGUUGCUGUCCUCUGUGCCUAGCAAUAUUUCCAGUUGACCAAAUAUUCUAAUCUCUUUAUAUGCAAAAGAAAUAGUUUAAGUACCUUUUAUAGAAUGAUAAGAUGGUAUAAACGUAAUCUAAAUUUACUCCUUUGUGGUAUUACCCGUGUAUACUGUACUUUAUUUUCUUUGUUUUGUAAUUGAAGCUGUAGGGCAGGAGUAGUUUCCAGGCUGAGGUCGUGGCUGAGGAUGAGCAGAGCCAAGGGUGUGAGAGAACGAGCACAAACAGCUCGGGAAUGGAAGGAAAAGGACCCAGGCUAAAGAUUUUUUUACCUUUUGAACCUAUAAGCCCAGAUGUUGUUCUAGGAAGGGAAUUUAUUAAAAGUAGAAUGCAGCAGAUCGGUUUUUCCCAAUGAUACAACCAUUUUUUUUUUAAUUAUUUUUUUUUUCUGGCUUACAACUCUUUCCCGGGCCAUUCUGCCUUCUAUUCCGUGUGAUCCAAUGUUGCCUUACAUUUCCCUCUAACCUGCAACCUGUUCGGAUGCAAAAUAACAAGAAUCUUGUACUUUUUUUCAGGGUUUUUCUGCAAAUUGUGGACCAAAGUUUGUUUUUUAAUUGUCUUAGUGUUGCAAGUUCUGAUUUCCUUGCUUGGUGUGGGAGCUCUUGACUUGCCUAGCACUGAGUGUUUGGAAAAGUCUUAACUUUCUGUAGUUCCUCCCUGGACUCUCAAGGGUAUGAUUUAUGCUGGAGAAGCGUGUGAGGUCCGAGUGGGGGCCCGGCUGGGGCUGUGGUGUGCUGGGUCCCCCCCGUUGGCCGAGGGGGGCGAGACCCCCAGUGACAGCAUUGCCCUAGCUGCUUUUGGGUACCUCUAAAUCCAUGCUGGAGCCGGGGACCUCCCCCUGCAGAGCUCCCUGGGGCCCUGCCCGUGUCCUGUGCUCAGAAGGCACAUCCGGGGGUCUCGGUGGCUGUCGCCUCCUCCCCUCCCUGUUGGAAGACCCACCAGGGGACCCAGCCCACCCAGCACAGAGGGUCAGUGCCCCCAUCACCCUCCCCCAGCGCUGGGGAGGCUCCCGGGGCCGGGCCCUGGCCAGGACACUCUGGGUGUCCUGUGCAAAUCACGGCUGGAUUGGGGUAACCGGGCCCCCGGCACGGCAGGUGCUCCCUUCGGAUCCUGUGUUUGCAUGUAAAGAAUGUGAGUAACUAAGGGUGUACAUAUUUAUAAUUUUUUUAUACCUGUUGUAAGACAUGAGGGGCAGCAAAACCCAGUUUUUUAUGGUGACCAGAUGUAUUGUAUAUUUUGAUAACAGCAAUUCCAGGUUCAGUAUUGUGGAAGGUGGGUGGGGAGGGGAAGCGUACACACCAUCAGAAUUCCAUUGCCUCUUUCAAAGAAUGUUUGUAAUGCAAAAAGAAAAGAAAUUAAAACUACUUUAUAACAACCUUUGUACCUUUCUGUAGCUCCAUUAUUUCCUGUUGAGAUUGUAGAAGCAGUUGGUGCCCAGUCUGUACUUGUGCUUUCAAUAAAUUCUUCUGUAUCCUUCA